AUGCUAAGAAACAGUCAUGGUCAUACCGCCGAAUCCAGAUCCAGAACGACCGAUGGAGGAAAUUCUGAUCAGAAGAGAGCUCGCCUUGAAAUCAUCCGAGCUCCAGCCAGUCCAUCAUCAGCUAACCCUGCCCCAUCUCACAGCCCAACCUGCCUACCAAGUCAAGACCAUCGAGUAUCUUCGCCAGAUACACGGAGUCCACGUAGCGUCAGUGCAGGCACCAUGUCCCCAACCAAGUCACUAUCACCAGUGGCUUCUCCUAGGAUAGAGUCCGCAGAGCAGAGUGAAGGCAUCAGGGCACCAGGCUUUGGCAUGAUCCAAACAGGAUCUUCAAUCGAUUUCGAGCAAACCGAUGGAAGGAGGUUGGGGUUAAUGCAGCAGCAGUCUUCGAACACUGCGUCGGCUGCAGCAGCUCUUGCGUCAAGCGUCGCUGGGCAAUCGGGACUUGGCACCGGGAAGGGCCAGCGACCACCGAUAGAGGUUCUGUGUCGGUUGUUCCCAACGCAGAAGAGAGCCGUGCUUGAACUCAUGCUCCAAGGCUGCGAUGGCGACGUAGUACAGGCCAUUGAACAACUCCUAAAUUGCCAACGCGAAGGGUCUUCUUCUUCGUCAUCGUCGUCGACGCCGUCAACAGCGUUGACCACAGACUCUGUCACGUAUCCAACGACGACUACCACCGUUCCGUCUGUGGCCGAGCCACCAUGUAUCGCCCAUCGCCCAUACUUAUCUACAACUCCUGCGUGUACCGCAGGACUUAAAUCUGCUUUCUCUCCCCUCACCGCUUCUCACGACAAGACUUUGAUUCAACCACCGGUUACCCAUGCAGGGUUACCUCCCAUGAGGUUAGCGUACCCGUCGUAUCCCCGGGGGAUCACGUUCUGGAACCCUUACACUUCGGCUAUGAUCCCAGCUGCGUUUGGUGUCCAACAGCAAGCAGAGUGCCACUUCAACGGUAUCAUGGGAGGACCAAGGAAAGACAACACCAGACCCAACGGUGCUUUCGGUGGCGGAAGUCCAUGAACCUCACACACCAUUCACCAUUGUCAGCUGAAUUCGCGAAAGGUUCAGGAAGAAACAUGUUCUCCUACAUCGAAGGUCUCCAAGUUGUGAGCUUACCUGAUACCGGACUGGGAUUAACUGUGAACUGUCCAAUCUUUCUAAACAUCUUGGUUGUCAUUGCGUCCCAGAGUCUUGGCACAUGAUCAGGCCAUGGAGCUAUUAACACAGACUCCAUGAUCAGACGGAACAUCACUUUGAACAGGAAUGGGUUAUGUUUUCCAGCAACGGAAGUCUCCAAGUUGUGAGCGUACCUGAUAUGGACUGGGAUUAAUUGUAUUUUAAAAAUCUCCACAACUUUUCUUAACAAGGUAACAUCCAAGCUUCUUGGCGCUUUAUAUGAUGGAACAUCACUUAGGACAAGAACAGACUAUGUUUCCAACAAAGGAUAUCUCUAAGUUGUGAGCAUACCUGAAAUAGAUGGGGAUUAAUUGAAAUGUGUUCAUCUGUUCUGAACAAGGUAGCAUCCCAGUUUUGGGGGCAAAUCGUCUGAUGGAUCUUCACUUUAAACACACCGAGGAUUUUAUUGAUUCAUGGGACAGUUCAUCCGAAAGGAUGUUUUCUUUUCAAAUGAAAAGAUAUAUUGAUUAUUGAUGAAAUAGUUUGAAAAGUUUUAUGUCAUUUUCACGCUACGGCGCCUCGUGUUCAUCAGCAAUUUGGGGAAGCUGCGUCUAUAGCAUUCUAAUUGACUUUUUCAUUUUACCUGCGGAAUUCAUGUUGUAGCUGUGGACAUAACUUUUUAGAAAAAAAGGAAAUUAGACCUGUUUCUACUGGUGAAAAUUGAAAUGCUGUACAGAAAUCCACAUGAUUAUCGCUAUAAGCUACUUAAUGCGUAAGCAUAUUAAUUUCAUCAUUGCAAUAUACUACCGAGAAUGUUUAUUUCUUUUCUUAUUUCAUCGUUGCUAAGAAUGACUUUUUGUUAUCCAAACCAGGACGUCUAUUAAUUUAGCAUAUUUAGGCAGGAGUGAUCACGUCGAUUAGAAACUUUUUUUUCAUUUCUCUUAUUCAUAUUCAUUCUGCUUUGUACUUUGUUUGAAAUAAAGAAGAAGAAUAAAUUCAAUCAUAAAUUCAAUCAAACAACACGGUCGUGAAAUAUCUUGUAGUAUGGAGUCUGCUGCCAUAUUGAGUUGGUAUAGCCUAAGGGUGGAAAUCUCUCCCCAAAAGUAGGGGGACCAGAGACUGGAAAAUUUGACAAGCAAAAAAAAAGGGGGGGGGGGUUAACACCCAAAAAGGUAAUCUCGUCAAAAAUACAUGUUUUAUUUAGAAUUUGAAUGAUGUAUUUCUUUCCAUCAUAAAAGACCAAAAAUAGUAGGGGGACAUUUGAUAUUGUGUCCUCCCUACUAUUUUGGGUAGGGGGCGCACCCCCCCCCCUGUCCCCCCUGGUAUUUCCGCCCAUGGUAUAGCUCAACUUUGUUGCCAGAUGAGCAACAAAUGCUUGUAAGACAUAAAAGAAAAAACACUUGAUAUUAAAUAUUAAUACUUCAUAUGGUACUCGUGCGUAGACUUUCGAACCCAUGUUAUUCGGAUUUAGGACCAGGCUCCUUGGCCGCAGUUGUUCACGCUAAUGUGAGGGCGCAGUCACAUUCCUCCUAUAUGGGGUCGUACGGGGAGUCGAAAGCAACCGUUUUGUUCAUUUUUAUUCAAACCACCUAUAUGUGGCUGGUACAAAAAAAUGUUAAAAACGGUUGAUUUCGACUCGCCGUACGCCCACCAUAGGGGAAAUGUGACUGCGCCAUAAAGGCCCUGCUAUUUAAUGUUCAACAACAGGGACUAGUUUAAAGGGUGACAUGAUAUUUGCUCCGGUCUUAAUAUCUAAGAGGGCAUAGAGUUAGGAUUGUUAAUAAUAGAGUUUUCGGUUCAGAAUAAUGUAAAGAUACGGAUUAGAGUUUUUUUUUGUUUUGACGGGUAGAAUUUAUGCAUGGCUUAACGUGCAGAUUUUCCAUCGGAGCAAUUGUCGCCGAUGGUGGUAUAGGACACGAUUUAAUAACAGCAAAGUUUAACAUGAUGAUAUAUAAACCGCGUCAGGAUCUUUAAAUGUGAUCAUAGAUCCCACAGUGUGUCCAGUGAAUAUUGGGGAAAAUUUUUUUUCCCUCCUGACCAUCAGGAGCCUGUUGCAUAAAACUUUUUACCUGAGAAAACUCUGGUAAGAACUGAAAACUAAGGUUAGUCUGAUUUCUGCCAUUGACUUUAACACAGGGCAAAAACUCCGAUAAAAAAAACCUGAGUUUUCUCAGGUAAAAAGUUUUAUGCAACGGGCCCCAGGACUACUUAGCAAUAAUCCGACCUGCUUUUAUUCAUGUCCAAACAACAUGUGACUUUUCUUGAUACAAGCACAACCAACUUUGGCAGAACUAAUAUCAUCUUUUAAUAUUCGAAAUAGCCAAUGCAGUGGCGAUUCACAUUAUGAAAGUAUUCGCAUGAUACACAAUUGGUAACUGUCCAUUAAAUUCUAGAAUUACUGUGUCACCCUUCUUCGAACUUUGUAUGAGGGCGAAAAGAAAAUACACCAAUCGAGGAAUAAAAUCUUUAAAAAUACACCUUAAUAUGUCUGCACUUCUUGGUUAAAAUAAAAUGGUUCAGCCAAGUAAGAAAUCUUAUUUUCACUAUCUAAACGACCUUGAGUGUAAAUUAUGUAUUCAAGUUAAUUCCCCACAAAUGCAAUGAUUGUUCAAUAAUUUACAAAUGGAGCUUGUUACGACUAUCAGAAAACAGCCAAGAAGCAAAAUUAAAUACCACCAAAGGUUUGUGAUCACCUUUUGAUUAAAGUACAUAAGUUAAACAAAUAGAAUUGUGUUCUUACUCGUUCAGAGUAAAUAUAUGAAUACUAACUUUAAGUAAGGCCGGUUAACUGUAUGCUUUAAGACCAGAGUCGACCUGAUUUGACUUUAAAUCGUAAAUUGUCGUGUGCUUUGACUCAUUACGAUUAGGAAUGGAAUUCUAGCAACGGCCUCGGAUGUGUAAGUUUAAGUUUAUACCACGUACAGCAAUGGCCAGAAUAUGGUUCAUAUUUUUCUUUCAUUUAUUCUUUUUGUUUGCAUAUUAAUAUCAAAUACUUUAAUGGGUUUUACGACUAAUCGAGUCACGUGAGUAUACGCGAAACCCAGAAGUACGUGAUUUAUAUCUUCUUCAUCUGUUGAUUUUGACUGACGAUCAGUCAUAUUUGACUAUUGUCGCCAUAAUCGUAUCCAUUCAUAUUAAGUAAGGUAUCGUGCAUGGAAGGCACAAAAAGGAAAUUUAUUUUGUUAAGCUCGACCAUGUAGUGGAGGAUCAUGAACUUUGCUAUCUUAAAAUACUCAGAAAAUUUGAAGAUUCACUGUUUUUCCCUUUCUCAGGCGUUCAUACAUUCAUACGGAAGGGGUAUCUCUCUCUCUGCAUGAAAUAAAUGAUAGAAUUACGUUGUUGAAUAUAGAAUAAACUUGUUGAAAAUUGUAAUUGAAUGUAUUCGUCUCGUUCAUAAAUAAGGGCAGUAAGAAAGGUUGCCUAGAGUGACAAAAAAUAGCUAAGACAUUAAUUAAUGUUUUUUUUUGUAAAUAUUGUAUUUCUCCAGAAACGGAUUCAAUGUAAGUAAUAAAUAUAAGUAUCUGUUAACAAAUUA